AUGUCGCAAACUCGUCAAGAACUUUUCAAGACUCACUUGGCUUCUCCAGAGAAACCACUCCGGCCUAUUCUUAUAGCUCUCAAUCCAGAUGCUAGCUGGUUGAUGUCUUUCCCACGGCCACCUGCAGAACGGGCCUCGAGCAGGAAAGCUUUCUUCCACAUCGUAUACGAGCCUUGGCUACAAGGCGAUACCUCUUUAUUUGCCACAUGGUUUUUCACCAUUGGGUUGAGUACUAAGGCUGCUGUAUCCGAUGCGCAGGGUGUCGAGAGUCUCAUUCAGGAAAUUGAAGAUGCGGCCGCUUGUCACGUACCGCCAAGCCAAGCCGACACCCCUGCAGAGGGUACGUACCGUGGCAAUGUUGAUGUUAUCAUGCUCGCUUUCCAUUAUUUGGAUCACGUCCACGAAGCUACACUGAGGACAUUUGAUGAGAACAUUCCUGUUAUUGCCACGCCUGAAGCAGCUGCCGUCGUAAAGCCAUGGAACUAUUUUAAAACAAUUUCGUUAAGUCACGACAUGGAUAUUUCAGCCAAAACCUGGCGCUCCCCAGAGCUUCACCCAGAACACUUGCCCGACUGGCUCACCGUUCUUCGUCUACCAGGACACGCCGUUUUGAACUAUUCCACUGCUCUUAUCUGGACACAUCAAACAGAGGACAACGAGGAAGUCCACGAGACCAUACUAGGCGCACCACACGGCACAUACCUCGACCAAGGACCCCUUGACGCGUUCAUAAACGCAGAGCCAAAGACAGAAAUUCUUGCGCUCUUACAUGGAUUGAAAGAAAGCUACGGGAUUACCGGCCAGACUACACUAGGAGCCAAAAGCGGGCUGGCGCUUUACAGAAAGCUCGGAGGCGCUAAGAUCUGGAUAACGAGCCAUGAUGAUGAUCUCAGGUACUCUGGGUUGUUCUUGUAUAUAACGCGUACAACUGAUCUGCCGCGUUCUUUACAGUGGGCGCUUGACGAGGAACGUGAGCAGAAUGGGGAGUCGAAGGAGGUAGAUGUGCCAAAUUUCACACGAGUUCCAAACGGAGGAGCGGUUGUGCUUGAGUGA